AGAAGCUUCAUCAACUAACAACGGUGACGACAUUCAAUUAUUUAACGAUUCUGCAUACUACGAUAAUUCUCUCCCUUCUAUAAUCCCACAUAUUAAAGCUCACGCCAAUUCUCCCCCUCCUUCAUCAUGGGUUCCGACCCUCAAUAUGCGAAAUGGCCUGCUCUACCUCUAGCCCAGCAAGUCUUCACCAUCACGAAUCCCUACGCCACUCGACCCGCCCAACAGGCUGCAGUUAAGAGCUUACAAGAUGGCAUCAACGAGAAUAAGAUGGCCCCUCUGUAUAAGUACCUGGCACACCCCACUGAGGGCAUCCUAAAUGCCACCGGUGAGACCUCAUCAGCAUCAGCACCUCAGAAGCCUACCGGCCGGAAACCAAGCGCCGCGGGUAUGGUCGCCAGCAAGACUGCCGGUGCGACCUUACCUUGGGAUGAGGAGGUAUACAAUAGGUUGAAGGCGGAGAACGAUAAAGAGCUAGAGGGGUUCCAGAAGGAGGAGGACGAAGCUGUUGAACAGGCUGGCGAGACGGAAAUCAUGGCUGCGAAGGGAAAGCGUGCCGAUUUCUUUGCCAAGAUUGGAGACAAGGACAAGGCAAUAGCAGCCUACGAGGAUGUCUUCGAGAAUACGGGCAUCCUGGGCACCAAGAUCGACCUGGUAUUGGCAAUAAUCCGCAUGGGGCUGUUCUACGGCGACAAGGCUCUGGUGAAGAAGCACGUUGCGCGCGCGAAGACGCUCGUCGAAAGCGGCGGCGACUGGGACCGUCGUAACCGCCUCAAGGCCUACGAGGGCCUACACCUACUUACCGUCCGCUCCUACAACCUCGCCGCGCCCCUCCUCCUCGACUCCCUGUCGACAUUCACCAGCUACGAACUAUGUACAUACUCUAACCUAGUCGUGUACUCUGUUCUCGCCGGCUCCGUUUCCCUCAAGCGAGUCGACUUCAAGAGCAAGGUCGUCGACGCCCCCGAGAUCAAGGCCAUCCUGGGCGCCGACAGCGACGAUAAGCUUCUCGCUCUGUCCGGCGCCAUCUCCGCAGGCCCUGGCGCUAAGGACGCCGAGAUGCGGGACGCUGUUCAGGACACCGUCUCCCCUACGGCACCUACCAAGAUUACUACAGCCGUCAACCUGACGACGCUCGGCUCCGACCAGCCCGAGGCCGAGCUGGCUGUUGACUUCUCGCCCCUCGCCCAGCUCGUCAGUAGCUUGUACAAUGGCAACUACAAGUUAUUCUUCCAGGCCCUCGCCCUCGUGGAGGAGCAGUUCCUCACCCAGGAUCGCUACCUCCACGAGCACAAGGGCUGGUUCAUCCGCGAGAUGCGUCUCCGCGCCUACCAGCAGCUACUACAGAGCUACCGCGUCGUCGGGCUCGAAAGCAUGGCCAACGACUUCGGCAUCACGGUCGACUUCCUGGACCGCGACCUCGCCAAAUUCAUCGCCGGCGGCCGUAUCCCAUGCACCAUCGACCGCGUGACGGGCAAGGGCGUCAUCGAGACAAACCGUCCGGACGACAAGAAUAAGCAGUACCAGGACGUCGUCAAGCAGGGCGACCAGCUGAUCACCAAGCUGCAGAAGUACGGCCAGGCCGUGCGGCUCCGCGGUAGCGAGAGGGCGUAAAAGAGGUAACAGCAGUAGUAUGAAAGUACCUAAUAAAGAUGAAUAGAAGGGCGUCCAAGACGGUUCAGCUGUUGCCGGUGACGAGAUUAUGCGUGCCUGUGCAAUAGACAGAUAAUGUAACAAUACGAAUCAAACAUAGACGGGCCGAAACCAACCUCGUUUUGAGCUCACGGUGAAGGACUUUGCGCGUUCAGAAUGAACUUUAUGAGUUAGGGUGAUUCUAUGAGGUUCGUGAUGCG